AUUGCGCAAUGACAUCCGGGGAAUCUGUAGUUCGACGUUGUGGACAUAUUUUAUUUAUCUUCUCUCUUCCAUCCAAACACCAACAGAAUUUGUUUAUCAUCGUCCUCGGUUAGAUUUUUCCACAAAUAACAUCUGCUCGACAGAUUGUCGAAGACCACAGACAGCACCAUGGCCUCCAAAAUAAACGAAGCCCAUGAACACAUCGCUAAAGCGGAGAAAAAUUUAAAGACAAGCAUGACAAAGUGGAAGCCAGAUUUUGACAGUGCUGCAUCAGAAUAUGCCAAAGCUGCGGUGUGCUUCAAGAAUGCCAAACAGUUUGAGCAGGCUAAGGAUGCCUACCUGAAGGAGGCAGAGUACCACACAGAAAAUAAAGCUUUGUUUCACGCAGCAAAAGCAAUCGAACAAGCAGGUAUGAUGAUGAAGGACUUGAAGAAGAUGCCUGAGGCGAUCCAGUACAUAGAAAAAGCCAGUAUGAUCUACGUAGAGAACGGUACUCCAGACACCGCUGCUAUGGCUCUGGACAGAGCCGGGAAACUUAUUGAGCCUGUGAGUUUAGAGAAAGCUGUGGACCUGUAUCAGCAGGCUGCCGGUGUGUUUGAGAAUGAGGACCGCCUACGUCAGUCAGCUGAGCUCCUGGGGAAAGCUUCCAGACUGUUGGUCAGAUUACGCAGACUGGAUGAAGCAGCGACCGCCCUUCAAAAAGAGAAGAACAUGUAUAAAGAUAUAGAGAAUUAUCCCACUUGCUUUAAGAAAACAACAGCACAGGUGUUGGUUCAUCUUCACAGAAAUGACUUUGUGGCUGCAGACAAGUGUGUCAGAGAGAGCUACAGCCUCCCAGGGUACAGUGGGAGUGAAGACUGCGUGGCCAUGGAGACGUUGCUGCAGGGAUAUGACGAGCAGGACGAGGACCAGGUGCACCGCGUGUGUAACUCCGCUCUGCUGAAGUACAUGGACAAUGACUAUGCCAAGCUGGCCAUCUCCCUGAAGGUUCCCGGAGGAGGAGCGAAGAAGAAGACUGCAAAGCCGCCACAGGGGGGCGCCGGAGCGCCUGCUGCUUCCGCCGAGGACGACGACGACUACGAGGGAGGGCUGUGUUAGCCGCAGAAAACACUGACCGCUAUAUACACACAAUGCUAAACAUACCAGGAAGUCCUGCUCAUUGAGGUGAAACUCUCAGAAUAUGUUGCUCCACCCUGAACUAGACCCCAAUAUGUUGCCACCCCCUGAACUAGACCCCAAUAUGUUGCUCCCCCUGAACUAGACCCCAAUAUGUUGCUCCCCCCCUGAACUAGACCCCAAUAUGUUGCUCCCCCCCAAACUAGACCCCAAUAUGUUGCUCCCCCCUAAACUAUACCCCAAUAUGUUGCCACCCCUGAACUAGACCCCAAUAUGUUGCUCCCCCUAAACUACACCCCAAUAUGUUGCUCCCCCCUAAACUACACCCCAAUAUGUUGCCACCCCUGAACUAGACCCCAAUAUGUUGCUCCCCCUGAACUAGACCCCAAUAUGUUGCUUCCCCUGAACUAGACCCCAAUAUGUUGCUCCCCCUAAACUAGACCCAAUAUGUUGCUUCCCCUGAACUAGACCCCAAUAUGUUUCUCCCCCUGAACUAGACCCCAAUAUGUUUCUCCCCCUGAACUAGACCCCAAUAUGAUGCUCCCACUUAUACUAGACCCAAAUAUGUUGCUCCCCCUAUACUAGACCCCAAUAUGUUGCUUCCCCCUAUACUAGACCCCAAUAUGUUGCUCCCCCUAUACUAGACCCAAUAUGUCCCAAUAUGGUGCUCCCCCUGAACUAGACCCCAAUAUGUUGCUUCCCCUGAACUAGACCCCAAUAUGUUGCUCCCCCUGAACUAGACCCCAAUAUGUUGCUCCCCCUGAACUAGACCCCAAUAUGUUGCUCCCCCUGAACUAGACCCCAAUAUGUUGCUCCCCCUAUACUAGACCCAAUAUGUCCCAAUAUGGUUCUCCCCCCCGAGCUAGACCCCAAUAUGUUGCUCACCCCUGAACUAGACCCCAAUAUGUUUCUCCCCCUGAACUAGACCCCAAUAUGUUGCUUCCCCCUGAACUAGACCCCAAUAUGUUGCUCCCCCUGAACUAGACCCCAAUAUGUUGCUUCCCCUGAACUAGACCCCAAUAUGUCCCCUCCCCCCCAAACUAGGUAUCUAAUUCCCUCCAGUCCCCUCAGUGUGAAACAUGUCGAUAUCAGUGAAGUAUACUCUUCCUAUGUGUGGAUCCAUCCUCUUUAAUGUAUUCACAUCAAACAUCCUCC